AUGCAGCGCCUCGCCAUUCCCGAGCUCCACUGGGGCAGCGCCUGGCGCGGCGGCGCCGCCGGCGACGUGCUGGCCAACGUGCGUGCGCCGCCCGCGCCGCACGCCGACCCGCUCCGGACGACGCGCUGCGCCGACAACGGCGGGCGCUUCACCGAUGCGCGCGGCAACCCGCGGCCCGUCGUGCAGUACGGCGUCAUGAUCGAUGCGGGCAGCACGGGCAGCCGGGUGCACGUGUACAAGUUCAACUACUGCAACGCCGCGCCCGAGCUCGAGUCGGAAGUCUUUGAGAUGAUCAAGGGCGGCCUCUCGUCCUUCAACGGACGGCCAUCGGCCGCCGCCGACUCGCUGCGCCCGCUGCUGGUCACGGCGCUCAGGGCCGUGCCGGCGUCGCUGCAGAAGUGCACGCCCAUCUCCGUCAAGGCGACGGCCGGCCUGCGCCUGCUCGGCGCGCAGCAGGCGCAGGACAUCCUCGCCGCCGUGCGCCACAUGCUCGAGAGCGAGUUUCCCUUUCCCAUCGCCGACGGCCGCGCCGGCGAGCGCAAGGGCGUGCAGAUCAUGGAGGGCCGCGACGAGGGCGUCUUUGCGUGGAUCACCGUCAACUACCUGCUCAACCGCAUCGGCGCCGGCGGGCCGGCCGACGCGCCGCCAAAGACGGCCGCGGUGAUGGACCUCGGCGGCGCCAGCACGCAGAUUGUGUUUGAGCCGACACCGGGCAGCGGGCCGAUGCCGCCGGGCGCGCACGUCUACACGCUGAACGACUUUGGCGGGCGUUCGUAUACGCUCUACCAGAACUCGUACCUCGGCUACGGCCUCAUGCAGGCGCGCCGCAGCAUCAACGCGCUCGCCACGUUCAGCCACGCCCUCUCGCGGCCGGCGGCGGUGCACCUCGGCCCGGCGCGCGGCAACGGCCUCAACGGCACGUCGGCGAGCAAGCCGCGCAUCCCGUCGCCGUGCUUUGCGCUCGGCACGUCCAAGGCCGCGCAGGUCGUCGUGCCCGGCCUCGAGGGCGACGUCGACGUCGAGCUGGUCGGCAGCACGGGCGGGUUUGCGGCGUGCCGGCGGCUCGUCGAGGUCAUGAUGGACAAGGACGCCUCGUGCGCACAGAUGCCGUGCAGCUUCGCCGGCGUCUACCAGCCAUCCCUCAUGCAGUCCUUCACCGACUCGCCCAUCGUAGCCCUCUCGUACUUCUACGACCGCCUCGAGCCGCUCGGCCUCAACGGCACGUUCAGCAUCCAGACGCUCGCCAAGCUCGCCGAGGACGUCUGCUCGCCGCCCGAGACGUGGGCGCAGCGCUUCCCCGCCGACAAGUACCCGCACGCACUCGCCGAGCUGCGCGACCGGCCAGAGUACUGCCUCGACCUCACCUUCCAGCACGCGCUCCUCAGCCUCGGCUAUGACCUGAGUCCGGCACGCUCCGUCACCGUCGCCAAGAAGCUCGCCGGGUCAGAGCUGGGCUGGUGCGCCGGCGCGCAGCUCAUGGCGCUCGACGAAGAGGGCCUGAUCUGCAGAGCAUGA